ACAUGGCCAUUAUUAUGAUCAAUUGUUGACAUUAUUAAAUUGCAUCAUAUCACAUCAAUUGAAAUUUUAUAAACAAAUAUAAAUAAAAUAAAUUUUAUAGUAAACUAAAUAAAGUAAACUUCAUUGCUUCAUUAUUAUGAUUGUUUUUAUUUUUACAAAAAAUUACUAAAAAGUGUUGAAUUUCAAAUUAUUGUAUAAAAAAAAAACUGGAAUAAUUCGUUAAUUAGGUUGAAAUCAAACAAGCUGAGCCACGUGAUUCAUCAAGUAAAAUGAAUGACGGUCAUCAAGGUCAAUGGGGACCACCACAACAAGGUGGACCACAAAUGGGUAUGGCUGGUAAUAUGGGUCCAAUGGGUGGACCAAAUAGUCAAAUGGGUGGUCCAAUGAUUGGUGGACCAAUGGGACCACCAGGUAACAUGAUGCAACAGUAUCAAGGUUGGGGUGGUACUCCACAAACUGGUGGUUAUGCUGGUUACAGUACACAGUACAAUGCACAAGGAUGGGGUGCACCACCUGGACCACCACAACAACAGCAAAUACCACCACCACCACCACAUCAAUGGGGUAGUAGUUAUAAUGUUCAACCAGCAGUUGAAUUGAGUUGAAUAAUCGCUGAUUUAAACUAACAUAAAAUGAAAAAAAAAAAAAAAAACACAAAAUACGAGCGAGCACGAGGGAUAAUUUUUACGAAAAAAAAAAUAAAUAAAAAAUAAUAAUAAUAAUAUUAAAAAUUUAAACAUGAUGUACGGGGGAUGCAUGAAGAUUCUUUAAAAAAAAAAAUUUAGUUAAAAAAAAAUGUACAAUUUUUAUACGUACAUUUGUUCCACUUUUAAUUGUUUAUUUUUUUUUUUAAUUUAUUUUUUUUUUAUUAAACGUAAUGAUAAUAAAUAAAAUACAUCACGCGAUGAUAAAAUGAGAAUUUAAAGAAAAAUGAUAAUAUUUAAAGUAAAAUAAAUUGAUUAAAAAUAAAUAUACCGGUCAAUAGAAUUAUUGCAUUGGCAAUGAAUGCCUUUGAGACAUUUUUAAAAUCCACGUUUUUUUUAUGCAAACUAAUUAUAAUUAGGUAAUCGAAUUAAUGGGAUGAGUUUAAAAAAUAAUAAAUAAAAAAAUAGAUAGAAAGAAAAAAUAAAAUAUACAAAAUCUAAUUAUUGAAUUGAUACUACUUUUGAAGUAACAAGGUUCACUGGCUGAUCUUUAUUAUUUUUUUUAACAUAUAAUUAUUAUUGAAUGAGAGAAAUAUUGAUUAAAAUUUGUUGUCAUUUGAUUUGUCAUUUGUUUUUUUAAUUAAUGCAAAUUUAUUUAGCUCUUAAAUCAAUAUGCAUUUCAUUUUUUUAUAUAACUAUAUAUAUAAAUAUGUUUUUUUAUUUUUUUUUUUUAUUUUAACAUUGUGAUCAACGCGGCUCGUUUAGAAAAUAAAAAAACAUAUAAUUCUGGGAUCAAGUUAUUACAUUUAAUAAUUAAAAUUGCGUAAUUAAAGUAAAAAAAAAAAUCGAUAAGAAAAAGGGAGCUCAAUCAAAUUACCCUUUUGUGUACUAAUAAAAUUCAAUAUAUAAAUUAAAAAAAAAUACGCAUUUACAUAAAACAUAUUUAAAAUAAAAAAACACUGAAUUUUAAAACACAAAUUAAUUAAAAUUAAUAAAUUUAAAAAUAAUUUAAGAGUCUAAAAUUAAUAAAUAGGCAAAUCGACAUGUUGUUGAUUAAUCAAGUAAAUAAGAGCUAAAGUUAAUAAGAAAAAAAAAAAUAAUAAUACCAAUAAAUAAUUUGAUUUUAAACAAAAGAAAUAAUUUAAAAAAUAAAAUCGUGAUUGAUACGUUAUUUAUUGAUGUGGAGUAAAAAUAAAAAAUAAGAAAAGGGGUAGUAGAAAUUAUGCAUCGUUUUUAUUUUAAUUCUUUUUUUUUUUUUUUUGAAUCUAAGGCUGUACAUCUCAUCUUAUCUGUAAUGUAAUAUAUCUACAAGUAAAUAUAUAUAUUUAUGGAACAGAAAAAAAAGAAAAAAAAAAAAUUGAGAUAAUGUUUAAAACAGAACCAUUAGUGCUAACCUAUUGACUAUGAAAAAAAAUAUUAUUAUUAUUAUUAUUAUGAUUAUUAUGAUUAUUAAAUUAUUAUUAUCUAUCAGUAAAUAAAGUUUUUAUGAAUUAAAAAAAAAAACAAUUGAAAUAAGCAAAAGUAAAUCAUUAUUAAAAAAAUAGAAUAAGUUUUUUAAAUUUAUUAGUGUCAAAUUAUGAUAAUUAAAUAAUUAUAAAUACCAACAACAAUUUAUUCAAGAGUAAAUAUAUUUUUUUGGAUAUAAUGUAUCUUAAAACACACAAAGUAUUUUACAUUUUCAGAUGAAAUAAUAAAUAAUCUAUGGAUUUUCAAAUGGAUUUAGCAAAUUAUAUUAAAAAAACAAAUAUCUUUUAAUUUAAUUGAAGUAUUAUGAAAAUAAGCUUAAUCGUAGACAGUUGAUGAUUCGUAAAUUCUCAGGGUUGUCGAUGAAAUUUUUCAUUUUUUAUUUUUAUAAAUCAAUAAUUUUUUUUGGUCUUUGUUGUUAAGUUACAGAUUAUUUAAAAUCCAGUUUUAAUCCUUCCUAUCUACUGUCCCUCUCCUGUACGCCUUACUCAUUUAUAUAUAUUAAUAAAAAAAAAAAAUAUAUAUAUAUUUUUUUUAGUGAAAAAAAAAAAAAAAUUUAAGACUUUUUUUUUUUUAAAUUAAUAAACAAUAUUUGUUUCUAGUUUUUUUUUUAUUUUUUUAAUCUCUUAUUGAAAUAGGUACCCUCUUGUUGACUAAUUCGUAAUGCCAAUCUUCUAAAAAUUAAAAAAAAAAAAGAAAGUAAUCUAAGAGUUAUUAGACUAAACAAAUAAGUCACAAUGUUUGACGAAAAUAUAAUUAAAUUAAAAUUAAAAAAACAAAAUAGAUUAUAAUUAAAUAUAAUGAAAUAUAAAAAAAAAAAAAAAAACAAUAUAAUUUACCACGUUGUGUAAUUUUAUUUUAAUUUUUUUUGUUGUAAAUUAACUUGGUUGAUAAAUUCAUAAUUAAACAUUAAAAUAAAAUUAAAAAUCAUGGAAAUUAAAAUCACGGUUUAAAGUUUAAUUAAUCUACAAAAAUAAUCAUAAUAUAUAUUCAAUUUUCGGGGUAAUAUUUAGAGGGAAAAAAGGCCCAUUAAAGACUGGUUACAUUAGCUAAUAAAUAAUACGUUUUUUGUUUUUUUAAGAAUUAAUUUCCAUGUAUUUUAAAAGUAUAAAAUAUAAAUAUGUUUAGAAAAUCGUAUAUCCGUCAAGAUUAUUUUUAUAUUCGCUCUGUGUGAUUUAUAUUUGUCUGUUUUUCUUUUUGAUUUAAAUUAAAAAUAAUCUAUAUUAUUUAAUGAUAUAAUUAACAUUGCAAUUCAGGCUCAAUAACGGGUACCUUGCUCUUGUCCCUCCUCCAUUUCGAUUGUAAAACAUCAUUAAAAUUGUUGGUGGAAUAAUGCGAGUUAAUAUUACAACAGCCAAAAAAUAAUAAAAAAGUAAUAAAAUAAUAAAUGCCUUUAGCUAAAAUCAAUUAAUAAAAUAAAAAAAAAAAAAAAAA